AUGUUUUUCAAUUAUGAAAACUUUAAACCGGAAUACUUAAGAAAAAAAUCCGGAAUUGGAGAUCAGAGAGAGGGAGCAGGCUUCUCUGCAACUUUGCACUUGAAAUCCAAAUUGCAAACCUUCCGGAAUUCUUCAACAAAGUUCUCCGCCAUAGUACGCUUCUCACAAAGUUUCUCAAGGUUUAAGUCUGAUGUAUAUGAUAUUGAUAAAUUUGACGUCGGCACCAAAAAUGCUAUUCUCGAAGCUUCUUUAAGUGUUGCCUCUCUUAUAAGUCGAACUGGUGACAAACUGGUAUAUAUUGGCUCUGGGACUAUCAUAGAGUGUGAGGCCUGUGAUGAAAGUUUCGUUGCUACUAUCUUAACCUCUGCAACUCUCCUGCAAGGUCCUGCUGGUCAAUCUUCUAUACCUCCUAAUCUCGAGAUUGAUGUAUAUUUAUCCAGCGGUAAAUUAUACCAGGGGCAAGUUUUGACUUAUGAUUUUCAUUACAACAUCGCAACUAUCAACAUCAAGUCUGAUGCGCUUCUUGCAACUGCUAAAUUUAGAUGUGUUGAUGAUAGUCUAGCAAUAGAUUCUAACACAUCUGGGCUAGCUGAUGUUGAUUUGCUGUUGCAUGGAGAUGAAGAAACAGGUUCAACUCGGUAUAAUUUGUUUCCUGGUGAACUUCUCAUAGCAUUAGCGCGUUACAGUCAGGAACCCCAUGAGAUUAUGGCUGCUCCUGGGUUUUUAAGUUGUGAUCAUUUAGGCCAUCAUUGCAAAGAGCUUUUGUUGACAACGUGCACAGUGAAUUGGGGUGCUGUUGGGGGACCCGUUAUCAAUUGUUAUGGAGAAGUCAUUGGAGUCAGCUUCUUCAUAGGCCCAUUCGAUGCAUUUUUGCCGAUAAAUAUAGCAUUGAAGUGUUUGGAGGAUCUGAAGGAAAAUAGGCAAGUUCCCCGGCCUUGGCUUGGAGCGUGUGUUGCUAAUCUUUACACUUCAAAGUUAGAGAAAUUGGAUGAACUGACCCGAACAUAUCCUCAUGUAGUCAAGGGAGCUAUAGUUGAACAGAUUAUGAAUGUGAGAACUCGUGCUUGUGUGAAAAGGACAAAGGUUUGCCAUUGGACUUUCUGGUCUGUUAGGAAAUGGCUUAUGGCAAGGGUUUUACUUGAAAAAAUUAAGAAGAGAAAGAGAAUUCAAACAAGAGAUACGAAGAUGAAGAUUAAGAAGAAAAAGAGAAUCCAAACAAGAGAUAGGAAGAUGAAGAUAAUAAAAUCUCCUGCCUGUAGUGCUGGUCUAUGUUGUGAUGAUGUUAUUACUAGAUGUGAUGGAAAUUCAGUAGGGGGCCCCCUUGAGCUCACUGAAGCAUUAUGGAACAAUGAAGGUAAGCCUGUUGAGCUGAUUGUGAUAAGGCCAAGAAUCGGUCAACUAAAGCUGACUGUGACAGUCGGCACUUGCCCAAAGAUGAAGAGGUGGCAUAUCCCAGGUGUUGAGUUCUUUUGGACAUUAGAAGAGCGACUAGCUUUGGAGAGAAAAGGUAAAAGUUGAAAUGGGGUAACAAAAGGCCGUUAGAUUUUUUACAAGUAGUUUGUUUAAGUCAAUUCAAAAGAGAAAUGUGUGUAAACACUGAGCAGCAUUUUCCAUGCUAUUGGAGUCCAUAUGAUUUUUAUUUAUAACGUUAUUAUGUUUUGUUUGGUUGGGUGUAGUAGUGUUUGAGUGCAUUGGGCUCAUUCGAGCAUGUAUUGAUGAAGAAGCAUGUAUGAAACUACAAACUAUACUUGAUUACAUGUGAAACAAAGAACAGUAAAUCCAAUCUGAAUGUAGUUAAGUGUAUCAACUAUUGUAACUCUUGAUCCA